UUCCAAUUUCUCUCUCUAAAAGUAAAGCAAUCAUCACAUCACAAAAUCUCUCUAUCUCUCUUCUCUCUCUAAAUCGGGUUCGGUGCUGCACUUUUAGAUUCAUAACAUCCCUAAUUCACCGAAUUCCGAUCGGUUUUCCGAGACCGGCAACAACUUUCCUCUUUCAAUUUUCCAAUUCUAAGGAAACUGUGUCUUCAAUUUUCUCGAGAAGCUUAUUUAGGGUUACGCAGGCACGCGCUCGCAAUCCUCGAGAGACAGAGAGAGAGAUUCAAUAAUAUAGAAUGAGCUUUCAAGACAUCGAGGCCGGCCGGCCGUUCGCUUCCCGCCGAGGCCACAUCAACGGCAAGCAAGACCCCACUCAGGCGGUGGCUGCCGGAAUUUUCCAGAUCAACACUGCGGUCUCCACCUUCCAGAGGCUCGUUAACACCCUAGGAACCCCCAAAGACACCCCCGAGCUCCGCGAGAAGCUGCACAAGACAAGGCUGCACAUUGGACAAUUGGUGAAGGACACUUCAGCGAAGCUUAAACAAGCUAGUGAAAUUGAUCACCAAUCUAAUAUCAAUGCAAGCAAGAAGAUAGCAGAUGCUAAACUCGCGAAAGAUUUUCAGGCAGUGUUGAAAGAAUUUCAGAAGGCACAGCGUCUUGCGGCAGAGAGGGAAACAGCUUACACCCCAUUUGUUCCACAAGCAGCUCCAUCCAGCUAUACAGCUAAUGAAGCAGAUGCUAAUUCUGGUAAGACGCCAGAACAGCGUGCCCUUCUUGUGGAAUCCAGAAGGCAGGAGGUGGUGUUCUUAGAUAAUGAGAUUGCCUUCAAUGAGGCUAUCAUUGAAGAAAGAGAGCAAGGCAUUCAAGAAAUUCAGCAGCAAAUUGGUGAAGUAAAUGAAAUUUUUAAAGACCUUGCUGUGCUUGUGCAUGAACAAGGAGCUAUGAUUGAUGAUAUUGGGUCCAACAUUGAGCAUUCCCAUGCAGCAACUGCACAAGCAAGAUCUCAACUUGCUAAAGCUUCAAAGACUCAAAGAUCAAAUUCUUCUUUGACAUGCUUGCUUUUGGUGAUAUUUGGAAUUGUGCUUCUAAUUGUCAUCGUUGUUCUGGCUGCUUAGUCAAAGAUUAUCAGUUCUGUUAACGAUCAAUGAUAUCAACUGAGCCAUUGAAGUGCAGCUAGGAUCUUCCAUGCUGAUGAUCUCUCUCAGUGUUAACUGUUAAGGCAAGAAAGAAGUCAUGGGGAAUUGCCAUUUGUACUUUUAGGCUGCGUUUGGAAGAGAGACAGAGAUUGGGAGAUAGAGACCGAGAGACAGAGACUUAAUUAAGUCUUUGUAUUGUGUUUGGUGUAAGAUGUACAUGAUUGAGUUAUGUCUCAGUAUCAUGUUUAGUUCAAAAUAAAAACAGAGAUUAAAAUAAAUGGAAUGACUAAAUUACCCUAUUAUUUAAAAUGAAAAAACACAAAGAAAACCCUAACUCAACAUUUCAGAGAUCCGUUUCUCAUUUGUCAAUUCCAGAUCUUCUCCAUCGGAGAACCCAUUUCGCCGGCGCCACUCCCCUUCUCGGAGUCGAGUUCGCCUCCGACGAGGAAGCCUUGCCACCAUAUCUCCAUUUUUCCAAAUAUGAUUUUCUCCUUGUCUCUCUCGUUCUCUGUCGCUGUGUAUCACUGUCGCCCUCUGUGAUAGAAGGGAAUCUGUUGAUGCUUUUGAAUAUUGAGAUUGAGUAAAGGUACAAUAGUUUAUUUAACAAUGACAGCUAGAAGUAGAAGAUCUACAAAUGUUUCCUAUGGCAGCGGCAAUUCUAAUGUAACGAGCGAACGUUUUUGGGAUUGUGGUUUGAGAGCUCUGUUACAAGUCUCAAAUAGUGUUGCCAACCCAGGUAGAGAGUAUUGUGCAGGUCCUGUGAGACAAUCUGGAUGGUUUAGAUGGGCAGGCCCUUCGGACCAAGGUCAAAGUAUCCAACAUUUUGAAAGAUGUUGAAAGAGGUGCUGAAGAUUGCUCUAGUGAUGUUAGUUCUAAGUUGAAGCUCAAUGAACGGGUUGAAAAACUAGAGUGAAAUUCUAUUAUUAAAUAAAGUAUAUUUUUUUGUCUCCUAAAACUUUUGAAAAA